CUCAAACCGUGCGGUGUCUCCACCCGUCGAGUGCCCGUUGCAAGGCUGGCCGGAUGAUAGCACACCAGAGCUUGAUCUCCAUUUGAAUACAGCUAGCAGCAGCGAAAUUUGCGACUGGCUCACUGAAUCGCCCGACAGUAUGCUUGUCGACCCGUUUGAAGUGCGCAUGCGCUUCACCGGGCAGCUCCAGCAUCUCAGCGCCUCCGUUACCUCUUCCCAGAGAGCGGCGCAAUAUGCACUCAAACACCGCGACCUGGAUGAGGACCUUCACUCAUGUAUUCUGGAGCAGCUAGAGAAAAGCAACAUGAACACUCGGGCCAACAUCAUGUCUUUUAUCGAGCAAUUCUGUGACAUGGCUGUCAAAGAAGACCACGAGCCCUAUGUUCGGAUGAUGCAGCGUGACAUUCUUCGUGUUGUGGAUGCAGUCGUUCCACCCGAUGGAUCCGGUGCAGCCAAUGUUAAGCAUGUUCGACUCGUACUGGGCAAUUUACAAGACAAGGGAGUCCUCUCCGCCGAAAGUGUGGCUGAGAUUGAUGCCGCGCUCAAAGAUCGCGAUACCCACCCCGAACACUAUGAUAACGAUGAGGAGGGGGCUCAGGAGGAAAGCGGCCGGUCCAAGACUGGCAGCCCCCGCAAUGUCAAGACUCAGGGUACGCGCCUGGACAAACGACAGAUCGAGCAGAGAGUCGAGGAAGAUCGUGAGCGCAACAAGCGUCUGCGAGAAAGUAUGUGGGCUGUCAGCGGGGAUACCCAGGAGGAAAUGCAGCAAAACUGGGACGCAGUCAGCGACACCAACUCGGAUGAUAUCCGCGAUGCUGAAGAGGAGGCCAUGGAGCGGGCACAAGUGGCUGCCGAGAUGCGCGGAGAGCUCUGACUUCCGUCAGCACAGGCGUUACGUUUUUUUGGGGUCUCUUUCUGUGGGAAAGUAUCUGGCUGCAUUUCACGGUUUCACAGCAUUGGGGCAUAUGAGCUACGAUUAUGAUACCCCUUUCGUCGUCCCAAGGGACUGUACUAGCAUUCAAUCACACGCUCAAGUCGG